AUGAUGUCGAAGAGAACGCCAGUCUCGACUCAGACACAAAGGUACGACUCACUUAUCCCCCCAGUAGAUGCGGUUUCCACGACAUCACCGGUGACUUCACCGGCUACACCCAAUCAUGACGCUAUGGAUGGUUGGUCUCCUAUGAAAACACAGCCAGACGUGUCCAUUUCACGAGCUUCCUCUCAACAAUCCAUCACAGCUUCGACUGCUCGAACCGCUCAUCCCCCUCUGUCCGUGGCUUCUCAGCGAAUCUCCAAGAGGAUACCGGGUCCUCCCAUGUCAUCAAUGUGGCUGGACGACGACAGUGACGAGGAGACUAAGCCUGUGUCAAGAUGGAAGGGCCUGCGGCGUUCCUCCAAGACGAACUCUACCAUUUCGAUGAACCUGCCAGGUAAUUCGAGUGCACACGGUAUCUCUCAUUCUGCAUCUUUCCCUUUGUUGCCACUGCGCGAGUCCACCAAAUCGGACUCUCUGCGGUCGUCGUCGUCGUCUAACUACAACGAGUCCCAUUCGCACCGAAACAGUGAUCGACAGUCGAGUAGCGACAAGAGCAUUGGAGCCGAUACUGAACACUCUUCUGUGUCUUCUCCUGUGCCAUCAGUGGGAGCUUCAUACACCCCCAAAGCAUCAUACAUCCCCAAGCAGACCUCAUACACCCCAAAGUCAGGCACAGAAUCACCGUCUCGACUCAAGUCACCUCUUCGACGCUCGGAGAGUGGCUCCAAGUGGAGUGUCAACAGCAUCUUUACUCGGUCUCCCCGUCACAAGAAGUCUUCGUCUAUCUCUUCUAACUCGGAUCUCACCAUCUCCAUCUCUCGUCCUUACAACUUUUCGCAUGUGGAGCACGCGGACGCCAAUUCAGAAGCAAUCACUAUGCCUGCUCCUGUUCCUGGUUCUCCCAGUUCACAUCUUCCACAGCAGUCCCCUCUUCAACGAAACAAGUCGACUUCGUCUGCACAUAACGCUCUGAAGAACGGCCUGCGGUCAGUCAAGGACAGAGCUCUUGGCCACAGCCCAUCCAAGAGUCUGUCGGGUGAAUCCUUUGACAAUUCCUUUGGUGGACCUAUUUCUAAGACUCCCUCUAACGCCACUGGCUACUCUGUGCACACCACUCAUAGCCGAACGAUGCUUGCAGAGCCUGGAAUCACCCUCAACACCUCGAAGCCAGUGCGGCCUCGCCGCCCUGACGAUAUUGUGCUUCCCCGGGGUCUGAGUAACAAUGAGGAAGAGAGCAACGCCGGAGCUCCACAUGGACAAGCUCGACGACUAUCCAACUCAUCGUCCAACUACUCCAGCAACUCCACUGUGGGCAGUACAGCCAAGUCUCAAGUUGGUGUCACUGCUGCCACCACUCCCAGCAUGUCUCCAGAUGGCCGUGAAGCUCGAUUUUCUUCUGUCCAGAGUGAACAUGCGGCGCGGGUUGCCAACCUCUUGAAGGACAACGGCAAUCUCAGCAGAGCCUCUCCUGCCAACUCUCCUAAUCCCAAUCUCAAUGCUUUCCCAGCACCCAAUUUGUCUGUCAACCACCGACAGUCGUGGCGCUUCUCCGAUGCUGAUUUGGACAUUGAGGAGGAGGAAGAGAUGGACGGCGAGUCAGAGAUCACCACGUCUCCCUAUGCAUCACCCCGAAUCCCUCAGCGGUCUGAACGACGACGUGGAUCCACUUCAUACGAUAUCAAUGGCUUCAUCCAGACUCCUGGAGUUGCCCCCCAGACCUUGUUCAAUUCUCCAAGAUUGUCCCAACAGUUUGAGUCCUCUCCCCAGACAUUGCAAACUCCUCAAACACCCUCUUCUUCGUCGUCUUCAAAUGCAGGCUUCCGCAGAAAGAACCAUGGCCUUGGACUCAUCAAGAACCAGCCCUCUUCUGAUUCGAUUGGAUCAUCAUGGACAUCUCCGGGCUCAGACUUUGUCGAGCAGCACAACUGGUUGUGCCAGACUGCCCCACAGUCGGAUCUUGAGAGUGCUGCCUCCACACCCAAUGCGUCACAGACUACCUUCCGAAGGUCUGCCUUGUUGCCCUCUCCUCUAUUAUCUCAACAGCAACAGCAGCAGCAGCAGCAGCAACAGCAACAACACGGCCAGCAGCAGCAGACCCAACAGCAACAGCCUUACAUGACUAAUGGCAGACACCUUUCUACUUCAUCGCUACCUUCUCACGGAGCGAUUUUGGAGGAUCUUGCUGAGGAAAACCCUGCACACCGACCUUCCGUGCCAUAUGAACAGACUCAAACUUGGAUUUAG